AAGCCUAAGUCCGAGAGACGCUACGAGAGUCGAGGAAAAUCUAGCUGUUUUAAAACGCAAGUUCUUCUUGUUUCAAAAGAGUGUCUGAAUACUGAAAAGUUAGGAGUGGCUGAAAAAGUACAAGUCCAUGUCUCCACCAACGGCGAAGCAAAGCCAUUUAUACCGAUAGCGAGCGAAAAUGCCGGCUGAACCCGCGUCGAUUCUGAACGCGGAGCAGCAGGCGAAAGUCGACAGCGCUAAAGUACUUUAUCGUCGAUGCCUUGAUCUAGCAAAAAAAAGGCCUGCACACAUAGGAUCUCAUUAGUUACUUCUUACUUAAAGAUCCUAGUUGAACAGAGACGCCUUAUAGUACCCCUGGUUGGAUACAUCGUCAUGAUAUUCCCUCGUGCGAGUUGGCAACUGAUGGACACAUGCACAUUCUACAUUUUCAGAGGAUCACGUGACAUUCACAAUCUGAAACCAGGUAGCACAACAGAUGAAGAAUGAAAAGUACUUAAGGGAGCAUCCGGAAAUACACACGAUGCUAAGCAAGUUCGUUAACUCAGCUCUGGAGAAAAGGGUACCUUUACCUUCUUAUUUUUACAUGAACAAAACAAGUUAGUUGUUGCUGUUGUACUUGUACUUUCUUGAUUCCUCCUUGUAAAGUCAGCAAUUCCAACUCCGCGUAUCUCACGCAAUUCAAGAUAUGUAUUAUUCUAUAACUCUUUUUCUUAUCAGCCCGAGGAUAUCUUAAAAUUUGCGGGGGAUUUCUUCACUGCGCCAGACCUGAAGGAGAACGUGGAGGCGGAUAUGGCUCAAUAACGAGGACAUAAGUUUUGCAUGUAGACCACGAAGCAUGCAUGACGACGCGCAGGGGAAUGCAUUCGCACUUGGUUGCUUCUGCAAUUGUAGUUGAUUGAAUCAUGAUGUUGGUAGUCGUACUUCCUAAUUGUAGUGAAAUUCCUCCUUUCCACAGGAACAUGAUUCCUCGCCUCUUGAUUCCUUUUUGUAUGACCACGAAUAUCUAUCUCCAUGCUUAGCGUGGAAAAGUUGCAUUUUUGCGAAUGAUCUCUGCGAUGGGCGUCGAGAGGCUUUAGCGCGAGGCGCGACGUCGCAAAUGUUCUGCGACGUCAGUACACUAAAGCAAGCAAC